AGAAUAGCCGAUGUAAUUUGACACUUCAACUUACUGCGCUCUCUCCGAGUCUAUUCAGUUACUCACCCACUGACGUUGAGCCCAUUCUCAGUGGCCGUGAGGGGGGAAGAGAUUUAAAAACAAGAGCCCGAAAAUUACCGAGGACUUUCUCCGCGUAAUAACCCGAAGACGUGAGGCGCUGAAGUGUUUCUCCUCCUGGUGUGUGAAUGGGUGGGGGGGUCCUCCGUGGUGAGAAUCAAAGAUCAAGGAUUGAAGUCAACACAGAACGCUCCAGUUUAAUGGCUGGCAGGUAGAGGCCGAAGAGGGACAAUCAACAUGAACUCGAUUCCGUCAAUGGACAGACACAUACAGCAGACCAAUGACCGUCUGCAGUGUAUCAAACAGCACUUACAAAACCCAGCAAAUUUCCAAACAGCGGCGACCGAGUUGCUGGACUGGUGUGGCGACCCCCGAGCCUUCCAGCGCCCCUUCGAGCAAAGCCUGAUGGGAUGCCUAACGGUGGUCAGCCGCGUAGCAGCACAGCAGGGCUACGACUUGGACCUGGGCUACCGGCUCCUGGCCGUGUGCGCUGCCAACAGGGACAAGUUCACUCCAAAAUCAGCAGCUCUUCUGUCCUCGUGGUGCGAGGAGCUGGGACGCCUCCUCCUCCUCCGUCACCAGAAGAACAGGCAGAACGAGCCUCCGGGAAAAGUGCCCAUGCAGCCCCCCAUGAGCUCCAUGAAGCCCGGCCUCUCACACGGCAGAGAUGGGUCUUUUCCCUAUGACUCAGUUCCCUGGCAACAGAACACCAAUCAGCCUCCAGGUUCAUUGUCGGUGGUGACUACCGUCUGGGGCGUGACCAACACGUCGCAAAGCCAGGUGUUGGGGAAUCCCAUGGCCAACAGCAACAAUCCCAUGAACCCUGGGGGCAACCCCAUGGGCUCGGGUAUGUCUGGUAACAAUCCAGGGAUGAACUCUCCUCAGUUCCCCGGACCUCAGCAGCAAUUUCCCAGCAAAGGCAACUCUAACCAGGGCUACAUGCAGCAGAGCAUGUACGGACGACCCAACUACCCCGGAGGAGGAGGCUUUGGUGGCAAUUACCCUGGAGGGCCUAACACUGGACCUGGAGGAAUGGGCAUCCCUCCACACUCCCGUCCUCCGUCAGACUUCACCCAGCCUGCUGCUGCUGCCGCCGCCGCUGCAGUUGCUGCUGCCGCCGCUACAGCAACUGCCACUGCCACAGCAACUGUAGCGGCCCUGCAGGAAACCCAGAACAAGGACAUGAACCAAUAUGGACCGAUGAGUUCCUCUUUCCAGAUGGGACCAAACCAGGCGUACAACAGCCAGUUCAUGAACCAGCCAGGACCCCGCGGCCCUCCGUCCCUCCCUGGGAACAUGGGAUCUGGCAUGAAUGCGUCCAACAUGAGCGGGCCCCCCAUGGGAAUGAACCAGCCAAGGGGCCAAGGCAUGGGGCCUUUUGGUGCCCACGGCCAAAGGAUGCCCCAGCAAGGCUAUGCAGGACCGCGGCCUCAGGGCAUGGGUAUGCAGGGCAUGAAGAGGCCAUACCCAGGGGAGCCAAACUAUGGCGGGCAGCAGUAUGGACCAAACAGCCAGUUCCCUAACCAGCAGGGGCAGUACCCCACACCCAACCCCUCCAGGCCGCUGCCGUCCCCUAACUACCCUGGCCAGAGGAUGCCAGGACAGCAGCUGCAGGGCCAAUACCCACCACCCAGCGGUGCCAUGGGCCAGUACUAUAAGCAAGAGCCACCUUUUAACGGCCAAACAAACAACUUCUCUGGGAGUGGAUAUCAGUACAGCCAGGGUAAUAUGAACGGGCCGCCCAGACCGGUGGGUAACUACCCUCACUCCCCGGUGCCAGGCAACCCCACCCCUCCGAUGACCCCAGGAAGUAACAUCCCUCCAUACCUGUCGCCAAACCAGGAUGUGAAGCCACCCUUCCCUCCUGACAUCAAACCAAAUAUCACCGCUCUCCCUCCCCCUCCAGCCAACCACAACGAGGAGCUGCGCCUGACGUUCCCAGUGCGGGACGGGGUAGUCCUAGAGCCCUUCAGGCUAGAGCAUAACCUGGCUGUCAGCAACCACGUCUUCCACUUACGGCCCUCUGUACACCAGACGCUCAUGUGGAGAUCGGACCUGGAGCUGCAGUUCAAGUGCUACCACCACGAAGACCGUCAGAUGAACACCAACUGGCCGGCGUCGGUCCAAGUCAGCGUAAACGCCACGCCGCUCACCAUCGAGCGGGGCGACAAUAAGACCUCACACAAACCCCUGCACUUGAAACACGUUUGCCAGCCAGGAAGGAACACGAUCCAGAUCACAGUCACCGCCUGCUGCUGUUCGCACUUGUUUGUGCUGCAGCUGGUCCACAGGCCCUCGGUUCGCUCUGUCCUCCAGGGCUUACUCAAGAAGAGGCUUCUGCCUGCAGAGCACUGCAUCACCAAAGUUAAGAGGAACUUCAGCAGCGUAGCAGCGUCAUCGGGGAACGCAACGCUCAACGGAGAGGACGGCGUGGAGCAGACGGCCAUUAAGGUUUCCCUCAAAUGUCCAAUCACCUUCCGGCGAAUACAGCUUCCAGCAAGAGGCCAUGACUGCAAACACGUUCAGUGUUUUGAUUUGGAAUCAUAUCUACAACUGAACUGUGAGCGGGGGACAUGGCGAUGUCCUGUAUGCAAUAAAACAGCGUUGUUAGAGGGACUCGAAGUGGACCAGUACAUGUGGGGAAUCUUGAACGCCAUUCAAAACUCGGAGUUUGAGGAGGUGACCAUCGACCCGACAUGUAGUUGGCGGCCGGUGGCGAUUAAAUCCGAUCUCCACAUCAAGGAGGAUCCAGAUGGACCGCUGGCCAAGAGGUUUAAGACUAUGAGCCCCAGCCAGAUGAUCAUGCCCAAUGUGAUGGAGAUGAUAGCUCAGCUCGGCCCGGGACCGUCACCGUACCCGAUAUUGUCUUCUCAGCAAGGGGGCAACAACAGCGAAUAUGGCAACCAAGGCAACAGUUACCAGGGGCAUGGGAACUUUGACUUUCCUCACGGCACCCCCGGCGGUACGUCGAUGAAUGACUUCAUGCACGGUCCCCAGCUGUCUCAUCCACCUGACAUGCCCAACAGCCUGAUGGCCCAAGACAAGCCGCUCUCACACAACAUGCCUGACUCAAUACCUCACUCUGCCGGCAACGACCAGUCGCAUGGUCCUCCUCUGCAGAGCUUACAUGCAUCUCCACACCCUGGGAGCCAAUCAGGGCAGCAGCUACACCACAGCGGGCCUCCUCAGCCGUCACGACAAGCUCCGCCUCCUCAGCAACAGCAGCAGCAGCAACAGCCACCCGGCCCCAACAACCAUCCUCACGGCGACCUGGCCUUCAACCCCUCCAGCAGCUUGGACAGCCAAGCGGGGUCGGACAUGCCCGAGCCAUCUUUAGACCUUCUUCCAGAGCUCGCCAACCCGGAUGAGCUGUUGUCGUACCUGGAUCCACCGGACCUCCCCAGCAAUAGCAACGACGACCUUCUGUCACUCUUCGAAAACAACUGAGGCAAUUCAGACACACAUGAACUUCUCUGACUGCCUGCAGUUUCCCUGAGACCCCAGGGUGGUCGCUCAGUACUUGAUAAACACAAAGAUGCACUCCCUUUCUCUUCUUCCUCUUGUACAGUUUUCAUUGGCCAGCACAGAUUGACUGAAAGAGGUUAAAAACUCCAAGACACGGCGGGGACACGGCGAAGGGGUCGCCCCGCCCCGCCCUGCCCCGCCCUCUCACCCCGUGGCGAUACUUUUGAACUGUGCAGCUAUACUCAGUUGAUUUUUUUACGCCACACACAGGUGUUUGUGUGCACAUUAGGAACGUGUUGUAGCAUUUUUUAUUCAUGUUUUGUUUCCUUUUGAGAAGAAAAAGGAAUUCACUGUAAAAACAAAAAAAAACUGUUAAAAAACAAAACAAAAAAAAACCUGCGCUAUCUGGCCAGUGUGCGCGACGUCCAUAUUGUUAUUCCAAUCUGAGAGGCUGCAGCUUCCCGGUGUCACAGCUCCAUUCCCUGACUGGUCUGGUUAGCCGCACUGUUUUUGUCCACCACACAUCAUUUAAAAGCACAAGAGAUUUUGGCAAUGCAAAAACACACAAAAAAUCAAGAUUAGACGAGUCUGUCCUUGACGAAAAGUUUUUUAAAUAAUUUUUUGCUCCGCAUUUUAAAAGAUUUUUGGGAAUGAUCGGCUUCCACUUUGUCUACAAUUGUGAUACAUACAUAUUUUUGUCAAAAAGAGAUAUCCCUGCUUUUCAGUCGUCUGAGGGUCGACAGCUGGAACGGAGAAGAUUUUGGCCCCAAAAAAGUUUAUACCACAUAUGGAGAAUACUUCUACAUGUUGUGUAGUUAUCAUCUCCGGUGCAGAGGAGUGAUGUCAAAGAAAAGGAAAGAUACAACACGAGAGAUUCCUGUAAAGAUCCCGCUCCCUGCUGCGACUCCUUCCACGCCGUCUGCUCCGCAUGAGCCCCGAUGUCGCUCCCGUCGGCAUUUUUGCAACGUUGCAUCUCUCUCCCUGUUAAAUGAUGUGCUGUUAAAGUAGUCUUCAAAGUGCAUGUGUGCCAAGCCCUCGUCUAGUGCUGUUCCAAGUGGUUACAAAAAAAAAAGAAGAAGAAAAAAAAAAGAUAGUGUGGUUUUUAUCAGUUGCUGUUUCCACGGCUUUUGUUUUUUUGAUUUUAGUAUGAUUUAUUUAACACUAACAUUGAAGGGAUGACAUCAGCAGUGCGUUCACCGUGUGUUUGCUGGAUGGUUUUGUUUUCUUGUUUCUGUCGCCGCGUAAUUAAUCCGUGAAAUCUUUUUGGGAAACUGCUCGACAUCACCAAAGUUAGAGGGAUGAGAAUGGAGAGGUUUGUGUUUGCUCGGUCCUGCGCGUGUGUGUGUGUGUGAGUGUGUGUGCAUGUGUGAGUGUUUCUAUUAGGGAGGAAAUAUUGAUUUCAAAGAUAUAGGGGUGGACAGAUCCAGUUUAUCCAUCACUGCUGUUCAAGAAGUGGUUUUUAAAAGCAGUAUUGGUGCAGACCUUUUUUUGCCAUGUUUGUUUUUCACUUUUUGAGAAGAGUGCUGUUCAGUAUGCAAAUGUAUUAUUUUUUAAGAAAUGCUAUUGUACUGUAAAUAUCAUUGUGAAUAUUUUUGUAUCAUCUCGAUAAUGUCUGUCCUCCGAUCAUUAGUCGUCCGAUCUAACACCGUGCGCUCCCAGACUCCCAUCUAACCACUGACUUUGUUUGUAACCAGCGUGUGACAGCUGUCUGUCUCGCCUCCUCGUCACGGGGGGAAGCAAGUCCAAAUGUCUCAUAAGCUAUUUCCUGCAGGUCGCCGUGCUUUCUAGUCACUUUCCUCCCAGUGCACUCUGUCUCGCACCUGUCGUUUCGCACACAGGUGUCACCCUUUUCCCCCUGCGUCAGCUCAAAGUGAUUGUGUAGCAUCAUUUCAGUUUCCAGUUUUCCUCCACGCUCGGAUAUGUUUGAAAACGUCGUCUACUCAUGAUUUUACGUUAACAUUUUAUCAGUGAUACUGAGCAGUAACGGUUUUAAAAAGAUGUGGUAUCAGCUGGCUUUCAGUGUAAUUAGUGAGCUAUGUGAAUAUCAUAAUUGUUGCUAAUUGUCAAUACACAGUGGUAUUUUAAAGAUAUAUCACAACCAUAUUUUAAAGAAAUCCAUGAUAUUGUUUAUAUUUUUGUUAUAGAAAAAUGUGGCUUUUUUUAAAAAGCACGAGACCAUAUACAUUUGUAUCCCCUCUUUUUUUUGUUUUUGGUAAAUUAUUUUGUACUGGUUUUUCUUAUUAAUCUGUAAGGCUAGAAAUCCAAUUUCUUUCAACUGUAGCAUUGUGCUAAUUUAACCAUCCUGGGUUUUUUAUGUAAACAUUAUUUUAAGCGUCAUUUAAGAAAUAUUGUUUGUUCCAGUUCACUGACAUGUUGUUUCAUAUUUAUGUCACAAAGAGACAUCAAAUCAAACUCUUUUAUUGCCACACUGCCACAUUUUCAUUCUUUAAAUAUCUGAACUUCUGAUCAGUCCCAUCGAAGUCAUCGUCAUUUCAUACUUCGUUCUCCAAUUUGGUGUUUAAGGCAGCACCCUGAAUCUGUAGUUGCACAAUCACAACAAAAGGGCCAUUUCUCUGGGGGAAGUUGUUUUAGAAAAUAAAUAAAAAUAAUUAAAAAAAAUACAGAGAGGAAGGGCACGUUCAUCAUUCUGGCCUGGAGAGGAUGUGGAGGGCAAGGCUAGACCAAACGUCCCAAGGAUGCCUGUAUAUAUGUAAAUGAAUAUAGAGACAUGUGAACAGAAAUGUAUUCAUUUUCCCUGGGAAUGUGCAUUGUUUCUUCAGAAUAAUAAAAAGCUUGCAACCCCUCUACUGGAAGUGGCUGAAUAUGGAAAAUGAAAACUUGUUAGUUAGUGUCUGUGGGUAUCUCUCCGCAUUUUGUUCCCCCCCUCCCUCUGUAAUAUAUACUUUCACCUCUUUUGUUAGGGGAACUGGGACAGCUAUGUUUUACAUGUAAUAUUUAGCCUAAGUGUUCUAGUCUGUCACCUGCAUACUCCGAGGUGCUAAAGCUAAAAUAAAAAAAGGAAAAAAAAAAAGGUUACAAAGCAAAUCGUUCGGAGGGGUGGGAGGAAAGCGGUGGGAGGGACGGGUCCAGAAGAUUGUAACCAAAUCCAUAGUUUGUACAAUUUUUUGAUAUCAUGAGCAGUUGGAAAAAUGAUACAAUCUAAGGUGAUUCAUGCAAUGUGGCCAUUGUCUCUAUUGUGUACAUUGUAUGUACAAUCAUUUCAUAUUCUAAACUGGUCAGAAAAUAAAGGAACUAAUUGUGAUUUUUAGUCUUGCAGAACUGUAUGUAGUUAGAUGAUGUGACAACCUAAUAUUUAUCUAAUAAAUAUGUAUUCAGAUGAUACCUGUA